GUUCCGGCGUGGCAGAGGUUCCGGGUAGAGAACGAGUGUCCGGCACCAUGACUGGUUUGUCUGGCCCACAAGUCUGGCCCGGCCCUGGCCCGUUUGCGUUGUUGUUUUUGUGCCUGCUCGGCCCUAGCUCGGUCCUCGGCAUCUCCUUCCAUCUGCCUAUUAAUUCUCGCAAGUGUCUUCGCGAGGAGAUCCACAAGGACCUGCUAGUGACGGGCGCGUACGAGAUCACCGACCAGUCUGGGGGCGCUGGCGGCCUGCGGACCCACCUCAAGAUUACAGAUUCUGCUGGCCAUAUUCUGUACUCCAAGGAGGAUGCAUCCAAGGGGAAGUUUGCCUUUACCACGGAAGAUUAUGACAUGUUUGAAGUGUGUUUUGAGAGUAAAGGCACGGGGCGGAUACCUGACCAACUCGUGAUCCUAGACAUGAAACAUGGAGUAGAGGCAAAAAAUUAUGAAGAGAUUGCAAAAGUGGAGAAGCUCAAACCAUUAGAGGUGGAACUGCGACGCCUAGAAGACCUUUCUGAAUCCAUCGUCAAUGAUUUUGCCUACAUGAAGAAGCGAGAGGAGGAGAUGCGCGAUACCAAUGAGUCCACGAACACCCGGGUCCUGUACUUCAGUAUCUUUUCAAUGUUCUGCCUCAUCGGACUAGCCACUUGGCAAGUCUUUUACCUGCGUCGCUUCUUCAAGGCCAAGAAGUUGAUUGAGUAAUGAGGCACAGUCCCCUCCCCACUGGAAUCCCAGCCAGCAGAACAUCCGCUGGAACGUGCCUGUCCCAGGGCCUCCUACCUGCAGCACCAUCAAGGCACGUUGGUGCUUUCUUGCCAGAACUGAUCUCCUGGUUGGGAGGACAGGAGCACCACCUGCACCCAAAAGUCAAUAAGGGACUUCUUUUUACUUGGUAGGAUUUGAAUUGGUUUUGCAACAAUAAGACUAUUAUUAGAGUCACCUAUGACAAAAAAGAGAGGUUACCUAGAUAAUGCCAAAGCCAGCAUUCGUCCUGGGUUUCCUCACAUGAUCAGUUUAAACCAUUUGCUUUCCUCCUCCCACUGGCUCACCAGCUUGGGCUUUCACUCUAGUUCUUUUACCAAGAUUUGUAUGACCACAUUGAACUUGUUUCAUACUGACUGUCAUCUUUGGGUUUUCUUGUGAAAACACCCUGAACUUUGUCUUCACCCUUAGCUGAAAUGUUUACAUAGCUUCUGGUGAUAAUUUUCAUAAUUCUAUGUCUCUUGAAUGGAUAUGAGACCUCAUAAAAGGCAGGUUUGAACUACAAAUAAGCUCUUAAAGAAAAUUUCAUUUUAGAUUGAAAAUAUUUGUGCUCAACUGCUUGGGCUUUGUUCAUGUGUGUAUAUUUAGUUCUAUGCAAUUUCAUCAUGUGUAGAUUCAUAUGACCAUCACAAGAGACAGUACAAUUCUAUCACAUCAAUCCCCCAUGCUGCCCCUCAUACACCUACAGCCACCUACCUCCCUAUGCCGUCCCUUUCCCCAGCCUCUGCCAACUGUGAAUCUGCUAUCUCUGUACUUUUGUCAUUCAAAAAAUGUUACAUAAGUAGAAUCAUAUAGAAUAUGACCUUUUGAGAUUGACAUUUUUCAUUCAGCAUAAUUCCCAUGAAAUUUAUCCAAGUUGUGGCAUGUAUUGAUACUUUGUUCCAUUUUAUUGCUGAGUAAUAUUCCAUGGUUGUGGAUGUACUAGUUUAACCAUUUACCCACUAAAGGACAUAUGGUUUGUUUUCAGUUUGGGGCCCUUCCUAAUAAAGCUUUUGUGAACAUUUGUGUAUAGGUUUUAUGUAAACAUAAAUUUUCAUUUCUCUGGGAUAAAUGCUCAAAAGGGCAGUUGCUGGGUUGUGUGUUACUAGUUUUAUACGAAACUCCCCUAUUAGUUAUACCAUUUUAUAUUUCCAAUAGCCAUCUGUCCCUGAUCCAUUUCUCCUCAUUCUUACCAGCAUUUGGCAUUACUGCUGUGUAAAAUUUUAGCCAGUUGGAUAGUAUGUAAUAUCCACAGUUUUAAUUUGCAUUUUCCUAAUGGUUAAUGAUGUUGAACAUCUUUUCAUGUGUUUCUUUUUCAUCUGUGGAUCUUCUGUGAAAUCUUUUUUUCCAUUUUAUAACUGAUCAUUUGUUCCCUUACUAUUGAGUUUUCAGAGUUCUUAUAUCCUAGAUAGAAAUCCUCCAUCAGAUAUGUGGUUGUUUGGAUUUGUAAUGUAAUUUCUACUCACGAAAAAUAAAUAAAAUUUACCAUCUCUUAAAUUACACACGCCUAUAAUCCCAGCACUUAAGAGGCUGAGACUGGAGGAUCUUUGCAAGUUUAAGACCAGCCUGGGCUACAAAGUAGGCUCAAGGCCAGGCUGAACUGCAUGUGAGACCCUAUCUCAAAAAGACAAAGAAAAAAUAUUUAGCACCUCUUUUUGCAUGGCCAGUAGCUCAUGUAUUUCUGUCCUUGUGUAUUUUGUCUAGAGGAGUAAGACAUGUCUAGAGAAGUAUAAAAUAGACAUCUUGGAAGGCCGUGGAGUAAAUUCUUGAAAGUACAUGUGAAAGCAAAGCCAAGAAGCACUUGUAGGUUUUGGAGGUGCCUAGAAACCAUUACCAUUAUAAAACGAAGAGGGCUGGGCUGGGGCUGGGGCUGGGGUGGGGCUCAGUGGUGGAGCUGUGUUGUGUAGCAUGCACCAAACCCCGGGUCUGAGCUGUAGCGCUACCCCCCCCCCAAGUGAAUAAAAAUGACCAUGUUUAUAAACAGUUGGGAAAAUAGUAUCACCUGAAAUAUCUCCCACUUCCCCCAGGAAAGUAGAUGUGGGUUUACUCUUUCUAUAAUCUUUUUAACUCUGCUGUUACAGGACUUGUGUAAUUGCAGUGACAAGCAUUAUAGAACUUAGGCCCAUAUCACUUGCAAUGAAAAAAAAGUUGAAAAUAUCAAAGGACAUUAUUGUUUUGACCUGGAUAAAAGGUACAAAAGUGAAAGAAGUGGUUUAUGCUCUGAACAUUUCAAGCUAUUCUGUUAAGGUUCUAGUUACCGUGAAUCGAAAGCCUUUUUUUCCAUGGUUUGGCUCCUGUAAAUCCCUUGUGGAGGAGAUGGUUUUCUCAUUACUUGUGCAACACUGCCAUCUGCUGUUGAGAAGAGAUAGGCACUGCUUCUGUGAACUUGGCAAUCGAUGCCUUGCCAUAGGCAUGGCAGAUGUUGUGACAAUCUGUUUCCUUAACGUAUAAUAAGCGACAGAAGAUAUGUCCAAGUAGGGAAAAGAAUAAACAAACUUGUGUCUUAAGAUCCAGGCUGGGAUGUUUCAAGUGAAAUGCUAGUCUGUGCCAUUAGCCUAACAUGAGGCUCCUGUGUUUCUGACUGGUGCCUUCCCCACGUUUGGAAGCAAUGAAACCUAAUGUUAGUUAUGGUCUCCUGUGAGAAAUGUCCAAGAAGAAGAUAGUAUUUUGCUAAUGUUCCUUUUCAAUUCUGACUCUAAACUUAAGGAACUUAAAUGCUUCUCUGUCCCUCCCUCCCUUUUUCUCAUGCCAAAAAUAUCAACUUGGAAAUUUGUGCUUUUUUUGUGUAUAAGUUAAUUGAUGGUAAACCUUGAUUUCUGUCUAAAAAGUAGAAGUAUUUGCUUCUAGCCAGGCAUGGUGGUGCAUGCCUAUAGUCUCAGCACUUGGGAAGCAGAGGCAGGAUUACUGUGACCUCGAGGCCAGCUUAGGUUACAAGGUGAGUUCAAGGCUAGCCUGAACUCCAUAGUGAAACCCUCUCUCAAAAAAGGAAGAAGUAUUUGCAUUUGAUAUAAGGCUAGAACGAGAGCAAGUCAGCUUUAGGGAUGUUAUCUACCUUCCAUUUUUAGCACGGUACUUAAGAUGAUCUAUAUGAUAUAAAUGAAAAUAAUACAACUUAGAUACACUUUGUUGUACCAUUGUCAUGAACCCCUGUCAAAGCCAUUUUUUGUUUAAUGGAAAGAGGCAUGCAGGUUUAUCUGUAUAAACCUGUACUUCUAAGUGUUGGAUUGGGAGUUUUCAUGUAAAUUUUCUCAAAUAAAAGCUAGCAGAAACCA